AUGGCUGCUGACGAAGAUGGGAAUUCGUUUAUGAAUAUCUUAAACCUACCAAAAGAAGUGUUUAACAAAAUUCUUUCUUAUAUACGUUAUAAAGAAGUCAGCGAAAUACGACUGGUUUGUCAAGCAUUUAAUAGAGGAGCCCAAGCUGUGCUUAAUCAAGGGUUUGCAAGAGUCGAUAAAUAUCAUGCAUUGGUGCAAAGGCAGAUUAAAGGACAGUUACCUCGUCGUGAAUCAGAAAGACGUAAUCAUCAUUUAGCACGACAUGUUGAUAUAUUAUCAGCAAUUGAGACUCGUUUAUCUUUACUUGGGAUGACUUAUCUCCGUUACAUUGACAUGGGUCUUUGUUGUUUUAUUCCUGGAAAGGUUCUCGAUGAGUUAUAUGAUAUUCUUCGCACACUUCAGUGUACAUGUCAACUUCCACGUGCUCAUGAAUUUUUGCAAGAGCUCAGAGAUAUAUCGUCUAUGGCGAUGGAGCAUUUCGAAGAAAAAAUUGUGCCUUCAUUAAAACAAAAAAUGCCAAGUGUUCGAUUAACACUUGGUAAUUUUAAUGUCAACACAGAACCUGAAGCUGGAUCUUCAAACGUGAUGGUUCCAUUGAAUAAUUCUUCCUCUGGAUUAAGAUCAACUUCACUUCGAGAGGAUAUCACCAAUAUAAAUUCCUUGGUUCGAUCACAAGAUGUUACCUUUUUCUUUAAGAUGUUGAAAUUAUUUUCUGUUUUGGAUAAAGAUUUUGUUUUUCUUUUAAUCAUUUUUCAAUCAUUUGUGUUUGAAUUUCUUUGA